AUGGGUCUGUCCCCCUGGCCAGUUGCGUCUGAGGGUCCUUCUCUGGGCACCGCAACCCCAGGAGGGAGGCGAGAUGGGGCCCAGGAGGAGAAGCGGGAUGGGGCAAGAGUGGGGGCCAUCUAUGCAGAGAAGGAAUCUGGCAGGAGCGUGGCACCUGAGACAGGAAAAGAAGUCUUGGACAGCAAUCCCUUUGGUAAGGGAACAGAAGACAGCCGGAGUGUGUGCCCCCACCUGCUGGAGAUUCCGGAACAGGAGUCGAUGGCCCUCGAAUCGGUGCCGGGAAACCCUGAUGCGGCGGCUGGCUCAGCGCUUCAGCGUCGGAGCGUGGGCACAAACGGAGCAUCCCUGGAGAUCCCAGGAGAUGACCUCUCUGCCCCAGGUCCAUCCCGGGCAGCGGUAGCCGCGGGCUCCCCGUUUCCAGGGCCGCACCGAGACCCUCGCUCUGUCUGGUAUCAGAAUCUCUCGUCCAGCUCUAUUGGCGGGGAUGAUUAUCGAAUUGAUCCUUGA